AUGCUAGCGCAGCCGGGAAAAAUGUUCACGAAUUUCUGGGGAGACAUCGCUCCGAACGGAUAUUAUGCAAGAAGUGAAGACUACAUAGCAAUCGUGCAACGAAAACGCGUCGGCGUCUGGAAUGUUCCAUUCGUGACCACCGCUCUUUUGAUCAACAAGGAGAAGAUGAAAGAAAUGAAAACGCCGUAUUUCUAUGACAAACACCUCGACGUGGACAUGUCGUUCUGUAAAUGGGCUAGAGAUAAGGGACACUUCAUGUACGUGGACAACGAGCAGGACUUUGGAUUCCUCAUAGUCAGUGAAGAAUACGUCGAUAUACUUCAGAAAGGCAAGCUACACCCUGAAAUCUUUGGGAGGCGCGAUAUGUCCACCCGGGCUAUCACAGACUACUCGAAGAAGACACCGUUAUCGAGCAGGCGUGUACUGAUGUCUAUGACUAUCCCGCUAGUUUCUGAGAGAUUCUGUAAAGAGAUGAUCGAGGAAAUGGAACAUUUUGGUCACUGGAGUGACGGCUCGAACAGGGACGAGCGCCUCGCUGGUGGCUAUGAGAACGUUCCUACUAGGGAUAUCCAUAUGAGACAGAUCGAAUAUGAACGGCACUGGUUAUACUUCUUGGACGAAUAUGUGAGACCAAUACAAGAGAAAGUUUUCACAGGAUACUUCCAUAGGCCCGUCGAGUCCAUAAUGAUGUUCGUUGUGCGAUAUCGUCCAGAUGAGCAGCCAUCACUCAGGCCGCAUCACGAUGCCAGCACUUUCAGCAUAGAUAUAGCACUCAACAAAAAAGGUGUCGAUUACGAGGGAGGUGGAGUCAGCUACCCGCGAUACAACUGCAUAGUGCCAGCUGAUCAAGUCGGUUAG